AUCUCUUCCUUGGUUCAGGCAACUCAGAUGCUCUUUCGUCAUGAUGAGAGUUCCAGAGACACUGAUGGCCAGGAGAAAUGACAAGCGUGUCUAACAUCUCUGGUUUGGGGUUUGUGAUACCUGACUCCUGUUGUUUUCCCAACUAUCCUUUGCUUGGAAAUGGCUUUGGCUUCUUCACCAGCUAAUCCCAGUUUAGAUGCUGAAUGGCAGGAGUGGAAGAGGAAAUAUGAGAAAACUUACAGCCAGGAUGAAGAAGGCCACAGAAGAAUGGUGUGGGAAGAAAAUAAGAAGAAAAUCGAGGAGCACAACACAGAAUAUGAACAGGGCAAGAGCAGCUUCUGCAUGGGCCUGAAUGAGCUUAGCGACCUGCUUACAGAGGCAAUAGGGAGAAACCAAAGGAGGAAGAGGUGCUGGAUUCACUUCUGCACAGCAUGCAAAAGAGACUUGUCAACACCAUCAGCAUUUGGCAGCACUUAAGAUGCCUCAGGUGAAGCAUUCAAACCAGAAGCUGCCAAAGCCCAUCUGCCACCUAGGCAGCCCACAGAGGCAUCUGUGGCCACCAGUUCAUCCCUAGAGACUUCCUUUGCUUCUCGUAAUAAACACCUGUUGCCCAGAGAUUC